ACGAUGCUUGCCAGCCGGUGAACGAGGAGUGAUUCAGCAUCCGUUUUUUUCUGUUGCUCAACGCCACGAUUGUUUUGUGAGAUUUAUUUUUGUAUUGUUGUCGCGCUUUUCCCAUCAGCAGCCUUUCACCCGUCAUUCCAAGCAAGGUCACCGUAGAGGGAAAAGAGAGUAUAACGAUGUUUCCAGUCGGAAUUUUUUGAGCAGGACUGGACCAGGACUGUUCCCGGACUCGGAUCGGACCGUCAUCAGCUGGCACGGAAUGGUAUUUAUGAGCAGACAUUUCUUAUACAACUGCAGCCAACCCAUCCUGGAUGUGAAGAUAGCUUUUUGUCAGGUGUGUGUUCCUUACAGGUAAAAAUAAGGGUUUUGGAAAACAAGUGGAUGUGUCAUAUAUCGGCAAGCAUUACAACAUGAGUAAAAGCAAAGUGGACAACCAGUUCUACAGCGUGGAAGUGGGAGACUCUACCUUCACAGUCCUAAAGCGCUACCAGAAUCUCAAGCCCAUUGGCUCUGGGGCCCAGGGCAUCGUAUGCGCGGGCUACGAUGCGGUCCUGGACAGAAAUGUGGCCAUCAAAAAGCUGAGCAGACCGUUCCAGAACCAGACGCACUCUAAGAGGGCGUACCGGGAACUAGUGCUCAUGAAAUGUGUCAACCACAAAAACAUCAUCAGUUUAUUAAAUGUUUUCACACCACAGAAAUCAUUAGAGGAAUUCCAAGAUGUGUAUCUCGUGAUGGAGCUAAUGGAUGCCAACCUGUGCCAGGUGAUCCAGAUGGAGCUGGACCACGAGAGGAUGUCCUACCUGCUCUACCAGAUGCUCUGUGGCAUCAAGCACCUGCAUGCCGCCGGCAUCAUCCACAGGGACCUGAAGCCAAGCAAUAUCGUGGUAAAGUCAGACUGCACCCUGAAGAUCUUGGAUUUCGGCCUGGCCAGGACAGCUGGCACCAGCUUCAUGAUGACCCCCUACGUGGUGACCAGAUACUACAGAGCGCCAGAGGUCAUCCUGGGCAUGGGCUACAAGGAGAACGUGGACAUGUGGUCAGUGGGCUGUAUCUUUGGAGAGGUGGUAAGAGGCACAGUGCUUUUCCCUGGGACUGACCACAUCGACCAAUGGAACAAGGUCAUAGAGCAGCUGGGCACGCCGCAAGCAGAGUUCAUGAAGAAGCUGCAGCCCACGGUCCGCAACUACGUGGAGAACCGGCCAAAGUACGCCGGCCUCACCUUCCCCAAGCUCUUCCCAGACUGCCUGUUCCCGGCAGACUCUGAGCACAACAAACUCAAAGCCAGUCAGGCCAGAGACCUGCUGUCCAAGAUGCUGAUCAUAGACCCCUCUAAGAGGAUAUCAGUGGACGAGGCCCUGCAGCACCCCUACAUCAACGUGUGGUACGACCCAGCCGAGGUGGAGGCGGCCCGAGAUCUCGUCCAAAUAUCAAUGCCUCCACCUGCGAUCUACGACAAGCAGCUGGAUGAGAGAGAACACUCCAUUGAUGAAUGGAAAGAGCUGAUCUACAAAGAGGUGAUGAACUUUGAGGAGAGAACGAAGAAUGGCGUUGUGAAGGGCCAGCCUUCACCCUCAGGUGCAGCCGUGAACAGCAGCGAGAGCCUCCCUCCGUCCACCUCCGUCAACGACAUCUCCUCCAUGUCCACCGACCAGACCCUGGCUUCAGACACCGACAGCAGCCUGGAGACCUCCGUGGGGCCGCUGGGGUGCUGCAGGUGA